CGCCGGGCAUGCUCACUGGCGCGGGCCGGGCCCGCAGCUCCGGCAGGAAGCGCCCGCGCUAGGCGGCCCCCGGCGUGCCAGCUGGAGUCGGGCGGAGCCGGCGCCCCAGCGCAGGGUGGCUCUGCCAGUCCCCGCGCGCUUGGGCGGCCGCACACGUGUCCAGGCGUCACGUCCGCGCGCGCCCCCGGGGCUUGCGUCAGCUGCCGUUCCAGGAGCAGCUGGGCCGGAGUUCUGCGCACCGCUCGGCUUCGGGGCCGCGACGCCGCCGGGAGGGCGCGGAGGGGUGUUCGGAACGCCGAGGGCCGCGGAGAUCGUCAGCGCGGUCCAGCUCCCUCGCCCGCCAGCGCGGGCCGUCUCUGUUGUUUGGUCCUGGGCUGGGCGCGGUGGCGUUGCCCCGGAGCCCGCCGCCCGCGGGGCGCGCACCGCCUUGACUCCGGCGUCCCCGCGGCAGGCAGGCGCCCGCAGUUCCAUGGUUGGUUCGGAGCGCGAUGAGCCGCCCGUCCUCCACCGGCCCCAGCGCUAACAAACCCUGCAGCAAGCAGCCGCCGCCGCAGCCCCAGCACGCUCCGUCCCCGGCUGCGCCCCCGGCCGCCGCCACCAUCUCGGCUGCGGGCCCCGGCUCGUCCGCGGUGCCCGCCGCGGCGGCGGUGAUCUCGGGCGCCGGCGGCGGCGGCGGGGCUGGCCCGGUGUCCCCGCAGCACCACGAGCUGACCUCGCUCUUCGAGUGCCCGGUCUGCUUUGACUAUGUCCUGCCCCCAAUCCUGCAGUGCCAGGCCGGGCACCUGGUGUGUAACCAAUGCCGCCAGAAGUUGAGCUGCUGCCCGACGUGCAGGGGCGCCCUGACGCCCAGCAUCAGGAAUCUGGCUAUGGAGAAGGUGGCCUCGGCAGUUCUGUUUCCCUGCAAGUAUGCCACCACGGGCUGUUCUCUGACCCUGCACCACACGGAGAAGCCGGAGCAUGAAGACAUCUGUGAAUACCGUCCCUACUCAUGCCCUUGUCCCGGUGCGUCCUGCAAAUGGCAGGGGUCCCUGGAAGCCGUGAUGUCCCAUCUCAUGCACGCCCACAAGAGCAUUACCACCCUUCAGGGAGAAGACAUCGUCUUUCUGGCCACAGACAUUAACCUGCCAGGGGCUGUCGACUGGGUGAUGAUGCAGUCAUGUUUCGGCCAUCACUUCAUGCUGGUUCUGGAGAAACAAGAGAAGUAUGAGGGCCACCAGCAGUUCUUUGCCAUCGUUUUGCUCAUCGGCACCCGCAAGCAGGCGGAGAACUUUGCCUACAGACUGGAGCUGAAUGGGAACCGGAGGAGACUGACCUGGGAGGCCACGCCCCGGUCCAUCCAUGACGGCGUGUCCGCGGCCAUCAUGAACAGCGACUGCCUGGUUUUUGACACGGCCAUAGCCCAUCUUUUUGCAGAUAAUGGGAACCUUGGAAUCAAUGUGACUAUUUCUACGUGUUGUCCGUGAUGCACCGAAAUUAUCUGGGCGUAGCACUCUUAUGUGUUAAUAAAGGUUUUUAUAGAGGUUUUAUUCACUAUGUCUUCACCAGUCAAGACCCACGGUUACCCCGUGUUCUGUUUAAACAGCAGUGUCCCAUCUGGCACCAGCCCAACGAAGUUCAUUAAACUGGGAUGGAUGGGAUUGGCCGGUUAGUCAUUUGGAGGUCACUCUGUGAUCCAAAAUCGACUUUAUUAAUUACAUUUUAUUUACUUCCCGCACCUGACCGGUGGCUCAGGCCCCUAGAGACCAGAACGUUAGGAGUUGGAGGCUCCUUCCUGCCUGCCUCCCUGUACCUGGUCCCUCCAAGCUGGCAACAGCACAGUGACUAUCGCCAGAUUCGUUGACUGUACUCUUAUCUCAUGUUUAGGGGGUAGGAAUGGUUUUUAACACAUUUUAAACAGUGUUUCUCAAACCAGAUGGCUAACCAGUAGGCGUAGAAUCACUUGCGUGCUCAGCUUCAACAUACAUUUGGGGGCACCUGCAAAUUUAACAAUCUCAUCAGGUGAUUCUCCUCAACAGUCACAUUUGAGACUCACUGGGUUAAACUGUGGAGAAGGGUCCAGAUUUUAAAGGUGCUCUAAGAUUGCCCUCUACUGAUACUGUCUGUCUUUCUACUAUUUCCUCCGCCCUGCCCCCCCCCCCGCCCCCCAGAUUAAACCUAGAAUUACAGAUCCCUGUGAACACACUCCUGAGAUUUGGUCACUCUCUUGUGUUCGGGGUGGGUUGCCUAGGGAAGCAAGUCAGAUGGCCGUCGAUAGUUCUCACGCAGUUUUUGCUCAUCACUAGUGCAGAUCACCUGUUUACACGUGGCUUCCCUCGGAGGCCCUUCUGGACUUAGUUGGUGAGAAAGACUAGAUCAGUAGAGUUGGAAAAGCUUUAUAACCAGUGUCAUAUGCUUGCUAUUUAAAGGUAUGUGUUGGGUUGGUUUUUUUGUUUGUUUUUUUGCCACAUUCACUUUAGUUUUUUAAUAAAUAUUUUCCAAAAAUGA